AGAAAGAAGAAAUAGAGAAUGACAGCAUCCGGAGGAGGUUCCACGGCGGCGGGAGGAGCAGGAGCGACGGGGAGGAUGCCGACAUGGAAGGAGAGAGAGAACAACAAGAAGAGAGAGAGACGGAGAAGAGCUAUAGCAGCUAAGAUAUUCACCGGACUCAGAUCUCAAGGAAACUACAAACUCCCUAAGCAUUGUGACAACAAUGAAGUACUCAAAGCUCUUUGCGUCGAAGCUGGCUGGAUCGUUCACGAAGACGGCACAACUUACCGAAAGGGUUCCCGACCAACAGAAUCAACACCGCCGCGCGUGAGCGCCUGUUCGUCAAUCCAACUCAGUCCACAUCCAUCAGCUUUUCAAAGCCCAAUACCGUCGUACCAAGCGACCCCAAGCUCCUCAUCUUACCCAAGCCCGAUCCGGUUUGACCCGAGUCAAUCCUCAACGUAUCUCAUCCCUUACCUCCAAAACCUAGCUUCCUCUGGAAACCUAGCCCCUCUCCGAAUUUCCAGUAGUGCCCCUGUCACACCUCCACUUUCAUCUCCUAGAGGCUCAAACCCGAGACCACCCAAGUCGCAGAUCAGCAACUUUCCAGUCUCAGCACCUUCAAGCCCAACACGGCGUCUCCACCACCACUACACAUCGAUUCCUGAAUGCGACGAGUCGGAUGUCUCCACGGUUGAUUCUUGUCAAUGGACUCGUUUUCAACCGGUGAAUGUUUCUCAGACAUGUCCGCCGUCGGCAACUUUUAACCUCGUCAAUAAUAGCGUUUGCGUUAGCCGCGGAGACGUCUCAGUGAAGCCGUGGGAAGGUGAGAAGAUUCACGAUGUUGGUGUCGAUGACUUGGAGCUGACGUUAGGUAACGCGAAAGGACGAGGCUAAAAGCUUGAGAGGGUAAUAUCGUAAUUAACUAGUAGAAUGGAGAUUGGUCCGGUUACGUGUAUCCGGUUUAACCGUAAUUUUGGGAGGAUGACCAUCUUGGUCUGCUUCAUGCAUUCAUGGCCAAGGCACAGUCAGUAUCGUUAUCAACGCUUCAUUUCACAAAAGCUAAUUUUCAUGUAAUUUACCCUAUAUUUAUUUAAAGAAAUGUGAUGGUUGAAUGAAAAUAUGUAAGUGUGUGACUGAAAAUGAGAGGGACCAUUCCCCAUGUGGUGUUGAGGGCAUGUGAAUCUUUUCUAUUGCUCUCUCUAACCACGCGUGACUCUUCAAUGUGCCUACCUAUCAUACACCGAUGUUUAGUGGACCUGUAAUUUUCACUA